GCACCAGCAACCCUCCCGACCCCAUUAGGGACAAAGGGUGUAUAGAAAAUGGAUGGAUGGAUUUAUAUUUUGGUUAUUACGACUCUUAUUUUGAAAGGUUAAAGUAGUAGUGGAAUUCUUCAAGUUGCUAGGGAACCAGAGAAAGAAGACGUGAUAUGAAAGCACAGCUUUAACAAGUGGCUGUAAAAGGGUAAUUUAAGUUUAAGAAUUUAUUUAAUAACCUCAUUUCUACCUCGAAAGGAAGGGUCAGCCAGCGAGGUAUGUUUAUAUGUAUAUAUAUUAUUUUUUAUGUCGUUAUUUUUGUCUAUUGACACCGUCUCACUUAAGUUUAUGUUGUAUUUUAGUUCGACGGUGGUGUUGUGUCAGUGGAGCAAAGUGAAAUUGUAACAAGAGCAACUUUAAAGAUUGACAUUAAAGUUGACUUCACACCAGCAGUUCAACGAGCUAUUUGUUGCCAUUAAGAAGAAGAGGUGGAAGUGACACUCAUUACUCAUCAUCUGCUAGAUCAGGGAUCUGCAAACUGUAGUUUUGGAGCCACAAGAGGCUCUUUGGCUCUGGUCUUCACUAAAUUCGUUAAACGGCGUAUUAAAGUAUUAUAGUACAUUGAUACAAUGAAAGAAACAAUGUUUUGUUAUUAAAAACACUAGCCAGAAAGGAGCCAGGUGCUUUCCAGAAUUCUGGAUGAUUCUGUAAAUCAUCCAGACAGAUCCAACCAUUCAUUUCUCUUUUGUAAAAUAAAUAACAUGUUUCUUUUCUUCUCUGGAUACUGGUUAGAAAAUGUAUUAGAAUAUAAAUUACAUUGAGUCGUUACAAUACACAGAAUGUACUGAAUAAUAAAAAUACCAGUUUUACUUUUUCCUUCGCCUAUUAUUUUGUAUUUUAUCACUUCAAAUAUGCGAAUACAUAAAAAUAUUAUCUCAUACGAUUUUAACAAUGCUUUUAUUAUGAAAUGAAACUCAAUUUAUUUUUUUAUCGUCAGUCUCUUAAGGAAAAACCUAGUUGCCAAAACAUAAAGAAAUCCUUAAAAAUAACCAUAUAUUAGUAAAAUAACUUUAAAAAAUGAAAAAAAUCCCACCCACGCUUCAAGCUCCACUCAAAAAUCCCCGGAUCCUGGACUAAGGCUUUCGUUGUAAAACUUCCCCUGUGCUGUGAAACAUCCGGACAUCAGGUCCCGUUACAACUGCAGCAAUAGUUAGAGGCGACUAACGGAGGGGAACCAGCAAGCAUACAGCUGUGUGAAACAGGAAAAGAAAUCCAGAGAAAAUAACAGUUAAAAAAUCCAGUUGUCACCGCGCUUUCGCAAAAUGGAUUAUCAGCGUUUAACGAGGUGAGGGUCGCUUCAUGCUGUCGAUUUAGAGCAAAAGUUAAACUGUUGCUUAACUUUUCGUUUUACCGCUACGCGUUUCAGCUACGGUCAGCACCAAGAUUACGGCAUUGCCAACCCAGGUUACAUACCAGCAGCAGCGGGGCCACCAGGUAUGACUUCUUACAAAUCCGUAUUUCAACUACACCUUGAGCACAAGACGAGCAUUGAAGUUGUUUUUUUUCUUUUUUUUUUCUUUACGAGUUAGUUCUGCCUACUGUCACAAAAAAUACGAGCCACUAGCGCCGCAAAAACUUUUCGGAGAAAAAAACAAAACAAAACAAAAAAACUUAGGUCUUCAGGUGACGUAAAUCUGGAGAUGGGCGGCAACACAUUUUUGGAGUUGCUGAAAUCUCAGAGCUUCGAGUUUCUCACUCAUAUUUACAGACAUUUGACUGAAAUAUGGAGUCAGCAAAUUCAUAUUUUUGGAGUUGCUGAAUUUUCAGAGCUUCCAGUUUCUCACUUAUAUUUCCAGACUGAGGGAUUAAGAUUAAUCUAGAAGCUUCAGGCUUUGGGUUCCAGAAAUCUGUAGGAAUGAACACCAUGACAGAAGGGCACGCAAUGUUUGCCCCACCUGUGGCAGAGCAUGCAAGCCCCAGCGCUCCUCCGGCUGGUAUGUUUGACAUCAUGCCUGGAUAUGAAGGGACAGUGGCUGGAGGAGGUGGAUUUCUUCCACCUCCCAUGCCUGCUCAACCAGUCCCCCAGCCUUCACCUGGACCUGAACAACCACACUGGAAUAUCCCGUCUAUAACUGAAGAUACUGCCAGGGACGCCUUUAGCCUGUAUGUUUCCAGCAAAUGUUGCUACAGUUCUGCACCUGCAAAGGACGGUGUCAUCGUCAACAUGGAGUCAUUCAAUACUUACAGGUAUCGCCUAGAAACAUUUACCGAGUCCAGGUCUACAGAGUGGAGCCAUGAGCCAUACAACGGCCAGCCAGUGGAUGCCUAUGUUCAGCAACCUCCAGGACCGUGGGACCUUCCUGCCAAAGCACCCACUUUUUUUGUGGACGGAGAACAGAAAAUGAAGGUUCCCUACACCUCAUCUAUGAAGCCUUGCCAUGAUUGUUUCGGAAACGGGAGGAAACCUUGCAAAGACUGUGCAGGCUCUGGUAAUAAAAUGUGUUGGCUGUGUAAUGGAUCUGGUUUUCGUCAUGGAGGGGAUCGUUGCCACCACUGCAGCGGAAGAGGGAGGGAAAAUUGUGCACACUGUUAUGGGCAUGGAUCAAAGGAAUGUACCACAUGUCGUGGAAAACAGCAGCUUUUGGUCUUCAUCUGCCUCACUGUCAAAUGGACAAACAACUGUGACAAUUAUGUUGUUGAACAAUCGAGCGGUCUUCAGGUGUCAAACCUCAGUCAAGUGUCAGGCAAGGAGCUCUUCAGGGACUCUCAGUACUUGGUGUAUCCAGUCAUGGGCUUCCCAGACCCUACGGUGGUGCAGGCUGCACAGCGACUUGUUGGGGAUCAUCAGUCCAAGUUCUCACGGACGUCACGUAUUCUACAACAGCGUCAAACCAUUGAAUUGAUCCCCAUCACAAAGGUCACCUACACAUGGAAAGGAAAAACAUAUGUUUACUUUGUGUACGGAAAUGAGUUCAAAGUUAGUACGAAUGACUAUCCUGCUACCUGCUGCUGCUCUGUAAUGUAAUUUAGAUGAAUGUAACAUUCUGAUUAUAUAAAUAAAUAUCAGAAAUCAACUAUUUACUAAACCUUUUAAAACAAAGAAGAGACAUUUGUGAACAGGGAGUUAAAUUGCUGUUGUCAACUAAAUAAUUAGGAAAAAGCUUCAACAGAGGCAGCAGUUGUGAGCCAGCUACAUCAUCUCCUCAAAGUUUAUCAAAGUUGAAAUUAGGCAAUCUGGAAAACUGUCUGGUCAUUUAACAAGUCAAUAAUUUUGUGAGUUUGUUAGAAAUUGACAAAAAUAUAUUUGUUUCCAGUUUAAAGGGAACAUUUUGUAUUCUGCACACCAUGUAGAAGACAGUAUUAAUGUUGAUUUCAGGCAAGUUUGAUACAAAUGUGUGAUGACACAAUUACACAUAAUCGUGUCAUCACAGAUAAUAAUGAAAUCUACUAAUUUAAAGGUUUUGACACCACCUGUGCUGACAGUAAG